AUGUCUAAUAAUACAAUGGCUGUUGUUAGUUCCGAUGAGAAAACUGACGAAGUAACCACGAACGUAACCACUCGUUAUGUUGAAUAUGAAGCAUUUAAUUCAAUAGUAGAUGCAUUACAAUGGAAACAUAUACGAAAACGAGCGCCUGUAUGCUUUAGAAAUUCGCUGCAUAAUCGAUAUAUGUUAGCUAAUUUAGUUUAUUUGGGAUAUACAAUUGGACUUUUGAUUGUUGAUUUUGACCCAGCUUUUAUUGACUCAUCAUCAGAGAUUUUAACGACAACAAUAAUAAGUGAAACAUGGAAUGAAACAACUACACUAUCCAUUCUUGAUGAACCAGUAUACACAGAUGACUACGCUAAUCGAGUUUAUAUCGGUCUGGCUGCUUUGAAUAUUGUUAUUGCUUCUCUUUAUGUCUGGGCAUGGCGUGGUCGAUCAUGGUUUGAUGUUGUUUUGAUUCCAGAAUAUUUAAAUCAUAUUCAAGCUGGUCUUUAUCUUUGGUCAGCAUUAUUAUAUUCAAAACAAGAAACUCUUGGUGGUUAUUAUACAAUGACUGUGCAUCGUAUCGAACUAAGUGCAUCAUGUGUUGAAUUAUUUACUUCAGUAGGAUGGAUGUUUACUUGGUAUUCAGCGUAUACACGUACAUUAGGACGAGGUUUCACUCUUGAUGAUCCCGAUACAAUUGCCUAUAUAACUACAACAUCGAAUACAUUAAUGUAUUUUAUAUAUAAUUUGCAGGUCUAUAUUCGACCAGAGGAAUAUAAUUCAAAUAUGUUAUUUACUUAUGCAGAUGUUCUUGGUUUUAUUGGAUCUGUUUAUUAUCUUUUUGGUACUUUACGUGAUGAUUAUUGGUUUUGGUUUUUACCAGUAGCUGGACAAUAUGGUGUUGCAGUAGGUAGAAUUGAAGUAGUAACAAAACAAUUGCCAAAAUAUGGAUUGCCACCUAUAGUUAUUACAGAUAUAUGUAAACGUAGAAGAAAGAAAAAUGCGUCUUCAGACAGUAAUACAAUUCCUUAUUGUGAAUUAACAGAUUUUUAA